AUGGUCAUGAAGAAUGCUUCAAAGACGACAAGAUUGAAAGGACAAGGGGAGAUGGGUGUACUCUUGGUGUCAUCAGAUCCAACUGCAGAUGCGAAGAAUGUCACUCAGCCAAAGAAAGCCAUCCCCAUUGCCAAGAAAACUUUCACACCACCCAAGUCAGCAUCCAAUGAUUCAACCUCCUUGACUGUGCCUUAUACGGAGGUCUCAACAACAACAAGCAAGGCAGCUGUUACAGAUGAUAAUGACCUCUUGGACUUUGUUGAACAUGUUAUUGAGGGAGAUGAACUACUCAAGAACAUGUCAGUGAGUUCCAAUGAAACUUUUGAGGUUGAUGGAGAGAAUGUGCCAGGAAAUGCCCAAAUGGAACAGGAUGAUCACAAAUACUACCAGAGUAUGAUUUACUCACCUGGCACGGGCCAGCAUCUUUGGGUGGAUUUUGAAAAGGCUGAGAAUGCUACAGUGCACGAUCUCCUCUCUGAUUCACACCGAAGGGCUGCUGCAAUUCAGCUGCCCUUUGAUUUCCCAUUCUAUGGACACAUGAUAAGGAAUGUGACCCUUGCAACUGGAGGGUUCAUCUACAUGGGAACUUUCAUCCAUUCCUGGAUUGCAGCCACUCAAUACAUUGCUCCACUCAUGGGGAACUUUGCCACAAAUUACAGCAAUGAUUCUACCAUUAAAUAUUUGUCCAAUGAGACAUCCUUCACAGUGCAGUGGGAGAAUGUCGUUCUAGCAGACUUUCUAGAGUUGGGGAAUUUCACCUUCCAGGCCACAUUGAAGAAUAAUGGAGACAUCAUCUUUGCAUAUCGUGACCUCCCUAUCAAUGUCACAGACAUCAAGUCCAAGGCACAUCCCGUCAAAAUUGGCUUGGCUGAUGCAUACAACAUUGAGCGUCGUGUUUUCUGUUUACUUAAAAACCCACAAGGAAUGAUCUGUUACAAAAGUUUCUGGUUGCAUGUAAAGGAAAUCACUAAAGGAUUUUCUGACAUGCCUGGCCCAGAUCUCAGUGAGGACAUGAAGAUCAGAUUGAGGACAAGAAGACAGAGGUUCAUUAAGCGAGCAGUAGACAAUGGAAUACCAGCUAAGGACGUCACUGAGGCAUUCGGUGUGUCUCUCUCCACUGUUUACCACGUCAUGGAGGCUGGAGACGAUCAAGAGACUCGGAGAAAAGGAAGAGCGCCACCCAAUCUGAAGCGAACCGAAGAGUUCAUGACCGAAGUGGCAGCAGCGGUUGCUGAGAAUCAGCGCAAGAGUCACAGGCAGCUGGCCAAAGAAUUUGAUGUGUCUGACAUCACUUUGAGGCAUACGGCUUGUGAUUUGGACCUGAAGUCCUACGCACUUCCUGUGAGGCAGCUGGUGACUCCACGACAGCGAGAGACUCAGCUCGCAAGGUGUUGUGGACCUGUCAUGUGUCACAUUAUCCGCCGAAAGACCAUCUACGAGUACCACCGCUUAGAGUUGAAGGACAAGCAGAAGACUGGUCAGUGGUCAGCCAUUUACCUAAAAGCCUUGGAUACAUGUCCCACCUUCAAUGACUGCAACUCCUGCCUGACUAGUUUGCCUGCAAACUCCACUUUUACCUGCUAUUGGUGUGAGCAAGCUGGUCGGUGUUCAGAUGGAGUGGAUAGGUUGAGACAAGACUGGCUGUUGAAUGGCUGCACCAGGUCUUCUGUGGGUAAUGUAUCCCAGUGCCCUGCAUCUACCCCACAGGCCAAUACCACCAUCCCUAUUUCCACAACACCCACAUCCCUUGUAACCUCCUCUGUUGCCCUAACAAGCAUGGACACCUCAUUACCUACUCCAACAAGGACUGCAUGGCCUGUAUCUGUCCGUCCCACUGCAAGCAUUUAUACCGUUUCUACAACUCCUGUCACAGUCAUUGAUGCUGGUGGACCAGCAAUGGCUAAGCACAUGGAGGAGACAGGUAUAGCGACAUCUGGAGUGAUAGGGAUCUUCAUAUCCCUUCUUGUCCUUUCUUGUGCUCUUUGGGUCCUCUAUGCCUACAAAUUUCCCCAUUCUCCCUCUGGGCAACUUCUCAUCAAGUAUCGACCAACUCAAUGGAGAUGGAGUCGCACCCCUCGCUACACUGCUGCCUCCAUUCACAUGUAGGAGAUUCAAAGAGCACAGGUGCCAGUCUAGGCACUCACCAAGCAUUGUGCCCUCCUUUCCACACAGUCAUCAUAGUUUAAUGGAAGUGCAGAACUGAGACAUAUGAUCACAAGUCCAUAGUCUCUCCUCUUCCUUCCCUCAUCAUUUCAUUUGAUCAGAGUAACUUGUGUUUUAUGUUUGAAAAGGAUUUAUCAUGUGAUAGAAGGGUGGAAUGUCGCUGGGUAUUUUGCUACUCCUCCUACCCUAUGGGACCACUCUUUCCAUCAUUUUUGCAUAAUAUGCAGAGUGCAAUAUCUGCAUGCUUGCACUCUCUUGCUCUCUAUUUCUUUUUUGCUUUGUUUGCUUCCCUGAGUCAUUGAUACUCAGUCAUUGCAUUCAUCUAGAGUUUAACUUGCGAAAGUUGCUACGAUUAGUGAAACAGGAUGGCUAGGAAGCCAUCCUGCUACACUCUUGAAUUUUCGUUUAAUAACUGGCUCUUGUCCUUUGACACUUUUCAUAAUUCAUAAGAGAACUCAAUACAUAAUUUUGUUACUUUGUGUAACCAAAAUAAGUGUUCAUUCUACUUUUUGGUGCUUUUUUCAUCUUCAUGCAAAAUGGGUGGAUUGUUCAUUGAUAAGAUGAUAUGGUAUUCUUUGCCUUGCAAUUGUCUCAAUCCAAUAGUCUAUCAAUGGACUCAAAAGUGUUUAGCCUGAGGAUAGGAGAGAGAGAGCUGAUGGAUGUGUUCCCUAUUCCUUCCUCUAAUUGAGCCACACAAUCCCCAAGGAUUCAUAUUCUUCUUUAUUGGGGUCUGAUGGUUUUUUUUUAAUCACUUUCCUUUGCCCUCUGAUUUGUCACCAAUAGAGACUGGAUCACGGAUCUGAUAGUGUCACCAUCCUAAUCAGAAUUUUGUUUCAGGCACAAAAAAUGGGACAUAUCAGAUCUGAUUGCUUCCCUUUAUUAUACCUUCGUUUUAUGAUGUUGGCCUUAUGGUGUUUCUAGUCAGCAUGUAUUGACCAUAUUGCUGUGAAUCUCAUCAUCCUAUUGCAAAACAGUGUGCCUUGCUCUGAAUCUAUUUUUUCUUCUCACUGUGAUUCUCAUAGUGCCUACAUCCUUCAAUUUCCUUCACAUUUGACAUGUUCUUGUGCAGAAAACUGGGUGACGAAAUAAAAUGCCUUUAUGAUUAUGCUUUUAAA